AUGAACAAAACACAGUCAUCCGUAGCCCGGCCCCUGCGACGAGACCACUAUCUCACCCCGGUCACUGGCCUCAGCUUUUUCAACGCCAGGGACUGUGAGACCUAUCUCCUCGCCGGGGAGGACUCGGAGUUGAAGGUCUACAAUCUCGAAGGUCGGUUGUGCUGCCAGCUCAAGAUCUUCCGCGCCCAGCCCAUCCAGGGCAUUCACGUCAGUGCCGGCGGCGGGGAGGAUGGCCACCAACGGCGACAUGUGCUUCUCUGGGGAAACCAAGCGGUGACCGUGGUCCUCGCCAGCGCUGUUGAAGAGCUUAUUCUGCGCGGUGGGCAACAAGCGGACGAGCCUUCGAUUUCGGUCAGCAUCGUGGAGGCCAAGGCGCCGGACUGGAUUUACGACGGCGCCAUCUCGCCAGAGGAGCCGGGCCGUGGAGUGCUGGUCACGGCACACAACGAGGUCCUGGAAUUCCACAUCGGGGACGACGACAGAACGCUCCACUUCGGUCGCAUCGUCUCGCCCUCGCGGCCAAUCUUGUACUCGGCCAACCUCACGUGGAUAUCAAAGACGACCGUGCUGGUGGUUGGGGGCACUGUCUUUGGCGAAAUCAUCGUCUGGAAGUGCCACUUCUCUGAUGGCGCAGCGGGGCCGGAAAAGAAGCCGUGGAGCGAGCUCCUCUUCGUCUUCACCGGCCAUGAAGGCUCCAUCUUUGGCGUAGACAUCUCCCCCGAGAUCGACAUCGGCAAGGGAAAGAAGGCAAGGCUGCUAGCCAGCUGUAGUGACGACAGGACGAUCCGCGUAUGGGAUAUCACGGAGAGGCCCGAGGCGCCGCGGCUGCAGUACGACGCCUUUGGCGAGGCCCGUGAGACGGGGUUCGGAGGCGCCGCCGCGGCGGACCUGACUGCGACUCGAGUCGCCUCCAGCGCGCCCCUGGCCAUGGUCAUGGGCCACGUCUCGCGCAUCUGGCACGUCAGGUUCCCGAGGACGCUGGACGAGCUGCCCCGGGGCUUCACCGCGACGGUCUACUCUUUUGGCGAGGACUCGACGUUGCAAACUUGGUCGCUGGAGAUUAAUGUUGAGCAGUGGCGGCGGAGAUCUCUCACUUCCGCGGCCGCGGACGAGAUUCUUGUCGGGGCCAAGAUCACGCACAAGGAGACGCACGCUCGCCACGACGGCAAGCACAUCUGGGCCACGGCGCUCACGCAGACGGCAGACGGGGAGGUGCUGAUUGCUACGGGCGGUGCUGAUAGCAAGAUCAACCUCCUCUCGGACCGCUCACGCACAACUGGCGUUCAAAAUGACGUAUCCAAGGCGGGAGAGUCGCCGACCGAGUUGCGGACUUUGGUGAUGGGAGACGUGGUUCGCAAGCUGCCGGCCCGCAACCCGGACUUUGCGAUCCCGUCGGAGGUGAAGGAGGCGUUCCACCGGUUCGCGUUCAUCUCGAGGGAUGUCCUGCUCGCUACCAGCACUACAGGCCGGCUUCUGCUCGGCCCAUUCGGGGCGGAGCUGACGUGGUCCGAGGUAGGGACUGAUGCAGCGACGUUACAGUCGCUGAGGGCUUGCACGAGUUUGAAGAGCCCGGCGCGGGGCGUGGCGCUUCUGGGCACCGCGAGCAGGAAGGUGUUCUUGUAUAAGGACUCGACCAUUCGGCAGGUUGGCACGGUACCCGGCAAGAUUGCCGACAUCUUUUGCCUGAGUCGCGGUUCAGGGGAUAUGGACGAACUCCCCUCAACACUGGAGUUCCUCGUCACGAUGCUUGGCGGCGAGGAGGCCAUGCAGAUCCUGACGCUAGACCUAAAGACGACCGAGAUAACCUCUAUGGUCCCUGUCCCCGAGCUCGACAACAGGUUCGUCGUCACGGCCGCCUGCCAGAUCAACGACAUCCUCAUCCUCGGCUCUCGCCAUGGGUACAUGUCUGUCUUCCGCCGCGCCGACGGGCAACUCGCGUCGCUCGCGGCACCAGACCGCCGCACCAACGAUGCCAUAACCUCCAUCAGCCGCCUACCGACGUCGUCCUCUUCUUUCACGACGCCCCACAUCAUCACAACGAGCCGCGACGGGAACUAUCGCAUCUACGGACUCGCCGCCUUCUCCUCCUCAUCCCCGCUCCACCUCCGCCACGAGACCGCGCCCACCGCCGUGCCCAACCUCGAAGACGCCUGGCUCGCCGACACAGAGCUCAUACUCUGUGGCUUCCGCAGCAAGAACUUCGUCGUCUGGAACGAGACGCGUCACGAGGAGCUCGUCCGCAUCGAUUGCGGCGGCGCGCACCGCGCCUUCGCCUACACGCCGCAUGGUAGCAGAAGCGACGGCGGCGGCCUGCGCUUCGUCUUCAACAAGGCCGCCACUCUGGGCGUCUAUGUCCAACCGCGCGCCGUUUCCGCCGCCGUCCACCACCGCACUCUCAAGCGCGGUUCGCACGGCCGCGAGGUCCGCACGAUUGCCUACUCUGGGCGCCGGUACAUCGCCACGGGUGCCGAGGACACAGCGAUCCGCAUCUGGGAGCACGUCGCUGUCUCCGGGCCAUCCGGGCGGCGGGAACUGCGCUGCAUCAAGGUCGUCAAGGUUCAUACGGCGGGGUUGCAGUCCCUCAAGUGGCUCGGCGAGGAGCUGCUGUUCAGCUGUAGCGGCAACGAGGAGUUCAUGGUCUGGCGGGCUGGCGACCUCGGCGACGUGGCGGGGCUGUGUCUCAUGCGCGAGGCCGUGUUCACGGACAGGAGCGCGGACGGGGAUCUCAGAAUCACGAGUUUCGACGUCGAGGGGUUGGCUGACGGGGCCGUCGCCAUCACCAUGGCGUUUUCGAACUCCUUGGUCAAGACGUAUCGGUACACGCCCGCGCGGGGCUUCGAGCUCCUCUUCAAGGGGCAGUAUACUGGCGCUUGUCUGACGCAGGCGCGUCACCUCCGGGUCCGGGAGGGCGUGUUUGACGUCAUCACGACCGCAACGGAUGGGUGUCUGGCGGUCUGGCGGUCGGAGGGGGCCGGGUACGUCCUCCGGCACACGGCGCGGAUUCAUCAGAGCAGCAUCAAGGCUCUCGAUGUACACCCUCUGUCCGUUGAUCGGGUUGCGGUGCUUACUGGGGGCGACGACAACGCGCUGGGCAUCACGACUCUCGAGUCAUCUGCAGACGGCGGCUUUGCGCCGGCGUCCAGGGCGGGCGUCAGAAAGGCCCACGCGGCGGCUAUCAACGGGCUCACGGUGCUCCGGACGACGGCGGACGGCCGGGGGGUGGUCUUCGUGACGGCGAGCAAUGACCAGCGAGUCAAGAUGUGGAGGCUCCGGUGGCGCGGUGGCGUGGAGGAGGUCACGUUGGUGGCGGACGAGUACAGCGGCGUCGCGGACGCGGGCGAUGUCGAAGUCAUUGAGGACGAGAUGGUGGUUGUCGGAGGCGUCGGGUUGGAGGUUUGGGACUGGGGGGCCGUGGAGGUCUAA